AUGUGUUAUGAUGGCAUUGAACGAUUUUUUAAGUGUCAAUCCACUCAAACACUUGAAGAGGAUUUAUAUAUGCAGUCAGAAGUUGACUUAGAUAUAGUUGAUGUUACAAACGAAGUACCUGAACAAAUAGAUGCUAAAAAUGAUGAAAAUAUAGAAAGUCAAGAAGAAAAUGAAAAUCUCGAUUUUGAUAAUAUAAGAAAAUCUGUAUCAUUUCGUAAAACUCCAGUGGAAUUGAUUGUACCGGCUAAAUAUGUGGAUGAUGAAUAUGGUGUCGAAAGUGAGUCACCAGAGUCAACUUCUGGUCAGGAAGAAUAUCCUACUCGAGAAGAAUAUACCAAUCAUGAAUGGAUAAGCAAACCAAUAUCGAAAUGGAUUGAUUUUGCUUAUGUUAAUAUACCAAAUAAUUUAGAUAAGGUUGAUAAUCGUAAUAAUUGGAAAAAUGUACAAGAUGAACAAGAUCUGAGUGAUAAAUUUGAUUUUCCUUAUGUAUUACAAGUAGUAAAAGAUGUUUGUUGUAGAAAUAAUCUCGAAAGGAUGAAAUUAUCUUCAUUAGCUAAAACAUAUGCAAAACGAAUUGCAAUUGCAGAUGGUAAUAAAAAUUGUAAAUUUUGUGGUCGAAUUCUAUCAUACUGUUUGACAAAAUCCGUUUAUGCAUCAAAUGAACCAGCAUACUGUUGUUGUUGUGAUCGAUAUCAUCGUCUUUUUCGUUUAGCUGUAAAUUAUUCUGAAAUGUUAAAUAAACGUUAUCGUCAGCAACGACGUAAUUAUAAUAGACAAAAGUUGAUUGAUGUGAAAAAUGAUGAAUUAGAAAGUCAUUUGAAUGAAUCUAGUACAAACGGAGUGGAAUCAGUGACGGAUUUAGUGA